UCACACAAUGACCAUUAUUGCCAUCCUUCAACAAUUAAAAAAAAACACGAAGGAUCGAGUUGUUUCUGUAAUGCUUAUUUCUCUGCGAAAUAAAAGCUAUUUUUAUCGGGAUCUAAUAUAUUUAAUUAAUCAUUGGAUAAUCGCGUUCGCGAAUUUCGACGGAUAUUGUUCUCCCGACGUGCCCACACGAUGUUUGACCGCGGGAGCGUUACGGACCACAGUUCAUUGCCUUAUGUAAAACUUGAAAUGGUGUUUCUUCCGUGAGUGACCGAAAUUAUACGGUGGUUUAUGUGUACAUUGUGUGAGAGUGAAUUUAAAGUGUUAUAAUGUCGAUUUCGACGGCACAAGUGUUGAUGAAGAAGGGGAAGAGAGGUGCAGCCGCGUACAUCAGCGCGGAUUGCGCGAGCGGGUCCCCUCAGCACCUCGGGCCGCUGCUGGACGUGCUGCUGAACCCCAGCAAGGCCAUCGACGAGUGGGAGACGAUCGACUGGUGCCGCUGGCUACUGGCGGGCGGCCGCACGCCCGACGAGUUCGCGGCUGUCGUUCGCAGCUACGACAAGCACGACAAAUGCGGCCUCGUGUGGAUCCCGCGCGUGGUCGCGUACCGCUGCCGCACGUGCGGCAUCUCGCCCUGCAUGUCCAUCUGCCGCGAGUGCUUCCACCGCGGAGACCACUCCACGCACGACUUCAACAUGUUCCUGUCGCAGGCCGGCGGCGCGUGCGACUGCGGCGACAACUCCGUCAUGAAGGAGGACGGAUUCUGCAGCAACCAUGGCAACAAGUGCCCGCGACCGGGCACCGCGCCCGCCGAACUCAUGUGCGUGGCUGAAGCCAUGAUGCCACGACUCAUACUCAGGCUCCUCCAGCACUUUAGAGAGAACAGCGACCAACCCUCGGGCCAAGCACAACCUACAUCGAACAGCUACCGCAUAGCGGUCCAAGAGUGCGAGGGCUACGUGCAAAUGCUGAUGGAGUUUAACAACAUGGGCGACCUGAUGCGCUCCGCCAUGACCAAGGCGCUCAUCAACCCUCAGAUGUACAGAAACUUGGUGGAGCCGCCGUUCCCUGAGACCGAGUACGGCUGCUACAUGGCCGAGUCAAACCGCACCUACGAGAAGGCGCUCGAUUCUUUCCCGGCGCCAGAGUACUUUCCAGACGAAUACCGGCACCUACCCGCGCUCGCACCACGGCUAUCCCACAACACAUUACUAGACGAGUUCAUCUUCUGGACGUUCAAGUACGAGUUCCCGCAGAACGUGGUCUGCUUCCUGCUCAACAUGCUGCCCGACCAGGACUACAAGGAGCACCUGACCCGCACGUUCGUGAUGCACUACGCGCGCAUCCCGCUGGUGCUGGAGGCGGCCGGCGACCCCGACAUGCUCUCCAACCGCGUCGUGCACAUGUCCGUCCAACUCUUCUCCAACGAGGCCCUCGCCCUACGCUGCGUCCAACAGCUACAUCUCCUACACGUCAUGGUUUUAUCUUUGAAGCUGAUGAUGGGAAAGAUUCUUGUACAGAAUACCCUCCAUGAUCCGGAGAAGAACACGCAUAAAGUGAUAGACUGUACACGAAGAGUGAUGAAGGAGCACUGCUACUGGCCCCUGGUGUCGGACUUCAACAACGUGCUGUCGCACAAGAGCGUGGCGCUCGUGUUCCUGCAGGACGACGCUCUCGUCGAGAUGUGGUUCCAGUUCCUGUCCAUGUUGCAAGGAAUGAACGUAAACGUCCGCGAAACAGACGGCCACAUCGAGUUCGAGCCGUCCUCCUACUACGCCGCCUUCUCGUGCGAACUAGAAGCGGCCGCGUAUCCCAUGUGGUCCGUCCUGUCUCACCUGACGAGUCCGCAACACGCUCCUCUGGCUAAGAGGAUAGUCGCCGCGGCGGCUAAUUGUCUGCAAGAGUGGCUCGACGAGAUGCAGUGCACCACUCCGAGAGCGCUCCAGGCCGGCACCAUGCACGCGUCGUUCCACUUCCCGCUGCACCGCUACCUGGCCGCGUUCCUGUGCAGCUGCGUGCGCACGCUCGGCGUGUCGGCGGCGGACGUGCUCCCCCCGCCAAGAGUGCUGGCCUUGCUGGCUCACCACCCGCUCCGGGUCCAGAGCUUGUUCUACGAGAUCCUGGCCGGCAUCUGGGUGCGCAACGGGCUGCAGAUCAAGGGGCAGGCCAUGACGUACAUCCAGGCCAACUUCUGCAACUCCAUGGUGGACAUGGACAUCUACUGGCUGCAGAUCUGCGCCGCGCACCUCCCCGCCGACCAGUUCCUCGACAUGUGCAUCGACAUGUUUGGCGUCCGCGAGUGGCUGAGCAUGGUGCCAAUGCCGCCCGUGCAGGCGGCUGAGCAGGACGCCAUGGUGGAGGGCCUGCUGACGUUCCUUGCCAUCCUGGUCUCUUCACGGACCAACCUAGGCAACGACGAGCUGACGCAGUCCCGACUAGAAGUGAGCACCCUGCUGGCCGCCGGCGACAAAACACACUCUCAACUGCUCGAGCUGAUGCCGGAGCGAUCUGGCAACGCACACACAAGGAACUUCGAAGUUGUCCUCAAAGAGCUAUCAACAUACCGGCCGCCACCUCGCGGCUCCGAGAACCUCGAGCAAGGUCUCUUCGUGCCCACCCCCCUCGUGUGGCAGAAGUACUACGACCCCCUGCACGUGCUGCGUCGCGCGGUCCACAGGAGAGACUUCCACGCCUCCAUGGAGAGGUUCACCGCCUAUGUACGCGAGAAGCAAAAAGUAUCUGGUCAGCCCGGUACAAGCAAGCCUGGCGAGGGAGCAGCAUUGUGGCCGCCGCUACGACCCGCAGCGGCGCCUCCUCCUGAAGCCGGCGACCCGAGGGCCAUCUGCGCCUCAGGGGUGCUGCACGGCGCGCUGCUGGCCGUGCUGCACCGCGGCGUGCACCGGCGCGCGCCCGACAGCAGCGCGCCGCACGCGCCGCCCGACCACGUGCUGGCGCUGGCCGUCUACCUGCUCGACGUCGGCGCGCAGCUGGCCGCCGAGCGCGCCACCGACCACGACCUGGACGUGAUGGUGGCCGGCGGCGAGGGCGGGUCGCGCGGCGCGGUGGUGUCGGGGCGGCCGCUGCUGGCCGCGCUGGCGGGGUCGCUCCCCGACAACGCACGCACCGUGGUCGCCCGCCUGCCGGCGCCGCGCCCCGCCCGGCCCCAGCCCGGGCCCGUCUACCCGCACCACGCACACUCCGACAGUGAUACGGAGUGGGAGCCGACAGAAACGGAAUCGGCACGAAUAUCACCGAUGAAAUCAGCGCUGCUGUCGGCGAUGAGCACCGCGUUGGCUGUGCCACCGAAUUUAGAUAUGGUGCCAAACUCAGCGGAGCCAGUAGACACCGACGACCAGUCCGACGGCGGCGGCGACGCCACGCAGAUCAGAGCUUUAGAGAGUGGCAGUAUCAGCUCAGCUGCGGAAGGCAGUCGAGCCCUCGCGCUGCCGAUGCCGCUGCCGAUGGCCGGCGCCGACGCCGACAUGGCGGACGACAUGUCGCUGGCACUCAACGAGCGGGAACCGUCACCCCCUGCCUCGAUACCCAUCGAAUACGACGUGUCGACCCCCGAAUGGAGCGUGAGCCUGCGAGAAGAUUCCCCGCCGUUGUCCCACGCGCUGCCCUGCACCGACCCCCAACCUUCUACCAACACACAGGUGCAACUACACACGGGCACGGACGACUCGAUCCCCGUGAACGAGUCCAUCAUCUCGCUGCUCCUGAAGCUGCACUCGCAGCUGUCAGGACGACUCGACUCUUUCUCACUAGAGGAACCGGAACCGGCCGUGGACGAGCCUAUCGGUGACGGGCCGCACUUCAUCGGCCAAGUAUUGCGGAAGUUGGCGCGACUGGAUGCGCGCUGUGCGGGCGCCAUCGCUCACGUGCGACACUCGCUGUGGCCGCACCAGCGCGAGCGGCAGGCUGAGCAACGGGCCAGGGAACGCCGCGAGAAAGAAGAACGCUCCCGCCGCGCCCGCGAACGCCAGCAGCAGAUGAUGAAGGAGUUCCAACGUCGCCAGCAGCAGUUCCUCAGCGCCAUGCAGCGGAUGGAGCCCGAGCCCAUGGACCUGGACGCCGACUCCGACUACGACUGCGUCAUCUGCAACACCAGCUCCGUCUCCACCCCGCAGCACCCCAUCGGCAGGGUGGUGCUGCUGCAGUCCACCUCCGUGCUGGGCCACCGCCGCCGCCAGGACAGCACCCCAUCGGCAGGGUGGUGCUGCUGCAGUCCACCUCCGUGCUGGGCCACCGCCGCCGCCAGGACAGGUAUGCCACCGUGGCCCUGGACCUGCAACACCAGCUCCGUCUCCACCCCGCAGCACCCCAUCGGCAGGGUGGUGCUGCUGCAGUCCACCUCCGUGCUGGGCCACCGCCGCCGCCAGGACAGGUAUGCCACCGUGGCCCUGGACCUGCAACACCAGCUCCGUCUCCACCCCGCAGCACCCCAUCGGCAGGGUGGUGCUGCUGCAGUCCACCUCCGUGCUGGGCCACCGCCGCCGCCAGGACAGGUAUGCCACCGUGGCCCUGGACCUGCAACACCAGCUCCGUCUCCACCCCGCAGCACCCCAUCGGCAGGGUGGUGCUGCUGCAGUCCACCUCCGUGCUGGGCCACCGCCGCCGCCAGGACAGGUAUGCCACCGUGGCCCUGGACCUGCAACACCAGCUCCGUCUCCACCCCGCAGCACCCCAUCGGCAGGGUGGUGCUGCUGCAGUCCACCUCCGUGCUGGGCCACCGCCGCCGCCAGGACAGUGGCGGCGCACGUCUAGCGUUAUCGGAGCGCGAGCGAGCAAGACUAGCGGAACAACGAGACACGACGGCGGCGGCACACCACUACCGACUGCACGACGAACUGCAACAACACUUCGACCAAGAAGCGUGGCUGCUCUCGGUGUCGGUGGGGCUGGAGGGCGGCGUGCACGUGGCGUCGUGCGGCCACCACCUGCACGUGCGCUGCCUCGCCGCCUACCUGCGCUCGCUGGCGGCGCCGGCACGGCCGCACAACCUGCACGUGGCCGGCGGCGAGUUCCUGUGCCCCGUGUGCCGCCAGCUCGCCAACAGCUCGCCAACAGGUAUGCGAGCUGAACACACGAGACCUGCACGUGCGCUGCCUCGCCGCCUACCUGCGCUCGCUGGCGGCGCCGGCACGGCCGCACAACCUGCACGUGGCCGGCGGCGAGUUCCUGUGCCCCGUGUGCCGCCAGCUCGCCAACAGGUAUGCGAGCUGAACACACGAGACCUGCACGUGCGCUGCCUCGCCGCCUACCUGCGCUCGCUGGCGGCGCCGGCACGGCCGCACAACCUGCACGUGGCCGGCGGCGAGUUCCUGUGCCCCGUAUGCGAGCUGAACACACGAGACCUGCACGUGCGCUGCCUCGCCGCCUACCUGCGCUCGCUGGCGGCGCCGGCACGGCCGCACAACCUGCACGUGGCCGGCGGCGAGUUCCUGUGCCCCGUGUGCCGCCAGCUCGCCAACAGCGUGCUGCCGCUGCCGCCGCGCGCUGCCAUCCCGCCGGCGCCGGCCACGCCGCCGCACGAGGCCGUGCGGGAGAUGCUGCUGCGCACAUACCCACAACCCGCUCCUAGUGCGCUGACGGACGCGAUGAACAAAGCGAUGGAGGACAUGACGGCGACCGCCAGCACGAAACUACGGCAACGUUACGGCUCCUCGCCAGCUGCCAUCUUUACCUUUGUCACUUCACUGGUGCGCACGAAUCUAGAAUGCGAGUUGGUUCAGCGCGGAGGUUCUCUGGUGACUCCGGAGCCCGAACCGGCGUCUUCUUCCACAGCGGAACCGAGGCCGCGGUACAAGCCCCGGAACGACUGCAUAGUCCCGCUGAUGGUGGUGGCGGGUGCGCACGCGCGCAUGCUCCGCUUGGGCGGCGGGCUGGGCGCGGCCGCCACGUGGCAGGAGCUGUGGCCCGCCGCGGCCGAGCCGCCCGCCGGCGCCGGCGCCGCCCAGCCGCCCGUGCCGGCGCCGCCGCAGCGCCCCGUGCCGCUGCUGCUGAGGGACCCGCUGGCCUUGCUCAUGCACUUCCUGUUGCUGGCGCCGCAGGACCCGCCUUACAUGGCUCCACAGCACUUCACGUGCAUAGUGCAGGCGCUGUACGCGCUCAGCUACUACCAGAUCGUGUGCCAGUUCCUGGCGUGCGCGUCGGCGGCGGGCCGCGUGGCUCUCGGGGCCGCCGCGCAGGCGGGCGGGCUGGCGGCGGCGGCGCGGCUGCUGCUGCAGGCGCUGGCCGGCUCCGAGCUCUUCACCGAGGACGAGCCCGGCGCCAGCGAGGACAUCGACGUGGCGCACAUGGAGCGACAGGUACGUGGCUCUCGGGGCCGCCGCGCAGGCGGGCGGGCUGGUGGCGGCGGCGCGGCUGCUGCUGCAGGCGCUGGCCGGCUCCGAGCUCUUCACCGAGGACGAGCCCGGCGCCAGCGAGGACAUCGACGUGGCGCACAUGGAGCGACAGGUACGUGGCUCUCGGGGCCGCCGCGCAGGCGGGCGGGCUGGCGGCGGCGGCGCGGCUGCUGCUGCAGGCGCUGGCCGGCUCCGAGCUCUUCACCGAGGACGAGCCCGGCGCCAGCGAGGACAUCGACGUGGCGCACAUGGAGCGACAGGUACGUGGCUCUCGGGGCCGCCGCGCAGGCGGGCGGGCUGGCGGCGGCGGCGCGGCUGCUGCUGCAGGCGCUGGCCGGCUCCGAGCUCUUCACCGAGGACGAGCCCGGCGCCAGCGAGGACAUCGACGUGGCGCACAUGGAGCGACAGGUACGUGGCUCUCGGGGCCGCCGCGCAGGCGGGCGGGCUGGCGGCGGCGGCGCGGCUGCUGCUGCAGGCGCUGGCCGGCUCCGAGCUCUUCACCGAGGACGAGCCCGGCGCCAGCGAGGACAUCGACGUGGCGCACAUGGAGCGACAGGUACGUGGCUCUCGGGGCCGCCGCGCAGGCGGGCGGGCUGGUGGCGGCGGCGCGGCUGCUGCUGCAGGCGCUGGCCGGCUCCGAGCUCUUCACCGAGGACGAGCCCGGCGCCAGCGAGGACAUCGACGUGGCGCACAUGGAGCGACAGGUACGUGGCUCUCGGGGCCGCCGCGCAGGCGGGCGGGCUGGCGGCGGCGGCGCGGCUGCUGCUGCAGGCGCUGGCCGGCUCCGAGCUCUUCACCGAGGACGAGCCCGGCGCCAGCGAGGACAUCGACGUGGCGCACAUGGAGCGACAGGUACGUGGCUCUCGGGGCCGCCGCGCAGGCGGGCGGGCUGGCGGCGGCGGCGCGGCUGCUGCUGCAGGCGCUGGCCGGCUCCGAGCUCUUCACCGAGGACGAGCCCGGCGCCAGCGAGGACAUCGACGUGGCGCACAUGGAGCGACAGGUACGUGGCUCUCGGGGCCGCCGCGCAGGCGGGCGGGCUGGCGGCGGCGGCGCGGCUGCUGCUGCAGGCGCUGGCCGGCUCCGAGCUCUUCACCGAGGACGAGCCCGGCGCCAGCGAGGACAUCGACGUGGCGCACAUGGAGCGACAGGUACGUGGCUCUCGGGGCCGCCGCGCAGGCGGGCGGGCUGGCGGCGGCGGCGCGGCUGCUGCUGCAGGCGCUGGCCGGCUCCGAGCUCUUCACCGAGGACGAGCCCGGCGCCAGCGAGGACAUCGACGUGGCGCACAUGGAGCGACAGGUACGUGGCUCUCGGGGCCGCCGCGCAGGCGGGCGGGCUGGCGGCGGCGGCGCGGCUGCUGCUGCAGGCGCUGGCCGGCUCCGAGCUCUUCACCGAGGACGAGCCCGGCGCCAGCGAGGACAUCGACGUGGCGCACAUGGAGCGACAGGUACGUGGCUCUCGGGGCCGCCGCGCAGGCGGGCGGGCUGGCGGCGGCGGCGCGGCUGCUGCUGCAGGCGCUGGCCGGCUCCGAGCUCUUCACCGAGGACGAGCCCGGCGCCAGCGAGGACAUCGACGUGGCGCACAUGGAGCGACAGGUACGUGGCUCUCGGGGCCGCCGCGCAGGCGGGCGGGCUGGCGGCGGCGGCGCGGCUGCUGCUGCAGGCGCUGGCCGGCUCCGAGCUCUUCACCGAGGACGAGCCCGGCGCCAGCGAGGACAUCGACGUGGCGCACAUGGAGCGACAGGUACGUGGCUCUCGGGGCCGCCGCGCAGGCGGGCGGGCUGGCGGCGGCGGCGCGGCUGCUGCUGCAGGCGCUGGCCGGCUCCGAGCUCUUCACCGAGGACGAGCCCGGCGCCAGCGAGGACAUCGACGUGGCGCACAUGGAGCGACAGGUACGUGGCUCUCGGGGCCGCCGCGCAGGCGGGCGGGCUGGCGGCGGCGGCGCGGCUGCUGCUGCAGGCGCUGGCCGGCUCCGAGCUCUUCACCGAGGACGAGCCCGGCGCCAGCGAGGACAUCGACGUGGCGCACAUGGAGCGACAGGUACGUGGCUCUCGGGGCCGCCGCGCAGGCGGGCGGGCUGGCGGCGGCGGCGCGGCUGCUGCUGCAGGCGCUGGCCGGCUCCGAGCUCUUCACCGAGGACGAGCCCGGCGCCAGCGAGGACAUCGACGUGGCGCACAUGGAGCGACAGGUACGUGGCUCUCGGGGCCGCCGCGCAGGCGGGCGGGCUGGCGGCGGCGGCGCGGCUGCUGCUGCAGGCGCUGGCCGGCUCCGAGCUCUUCACCGAGGACGAGCCCGGCGCCAGCGAGGACAUCGACGUGGCGCACAUGGAGCGACAGGUACGUGGCUCUCGGGGCCGCCGCGCAGGCGGGCGGGCUGGCGGCGGCGGCGCGGCUGCUGCUGCAGGCGCUGGCCGGCUCCGAGCUCUUCACCGAGGACGAGCCCGGCGCCAGCGAGGACAUCGACGUGGCGCACAUGGAGCGACAGGUACGUGGCUCUCGGGGCCGCCGCGCAGGCGGGCGGGCUGGCGGCGGCGGCGCGGCUGCUGCUGCAGGCGCUGGCCGGCUCCGAGCUCUUCACCGAGGACGAGCCCGGCGCCAGCGAGGACAUCGACGUGGCGCACAUGGAGCGACAGGUACGUGGCUCUCGGGGCCGCCGCGCAGGCGGGCGGGCUGGCGGCGGCGGCGCGGCUGCUGCUGCAGGCGCUGGCCGGCUCCGAGCUCUUCACCGAGGACGAGCCCGGCGCCAGCGAGGACAUCGACGUGGCGCACAUGGAGCGACAGGUACGUGGCUCUCGGGGCCGCCGCGCAGGCGGGCGGGCUGGCGGCGGCGGCGCGGCUGCUGCUGCAGGCGCUGGCCGGCUCCGAGCUCUUCACCGAGGACGAGCCCGGCGCCAGCGAGGACAUCGACGUGGCGCACAUGGAGCGACAGGUACGUGGCUCUCGGGGCCGCCGCGCAGGCGGGCGGGCUGGCGGCGGCGGCGCGGCUGCUGCUGCAGGCGCUGGCCGGCUCCGAGCUCUUCACCGAGGACGAGCCCGGCGCCAGCGAGGACAUCGACGUGGCGCACAUGGAGCGACAGGUACGUGGCUCUCGGGGCCGCCGCGCAGGCGGGCGGGCUGGCGGCGGCGGCGCGGCUGCUGCUGCAGGCGCUGGCCGGCUCCGAGCUCUUCACCGAGGACGAGCCCGGCGCCAGCGAGGACAUCGACGUGGCGCACAUGGAGCGACAGGUACGUGGCUCUCGGGGCCGCCGCGCAGGCGGGCGGGCUGGCGGCGGCGGCGCGGCUGCUGCUGCAGGCGCUGGCCGGCUCCGAGCUCUUCACCGAGGACGAGCCCGGCGCCAGCGAGGACAUCGACGUGGCGCACAUGGAGCGACAGGUACGUGGCUCUCGGGGCCGCCGCGCAGGCGGGCGGGCUGGCGGCGGCGGCGCGGCUGCUGCUGCAGGCGCUGGCCGGCUCCGAGCUCUUCACCGAGGACGAGCCCGGCGCCAGCGAGGACAUCGACGUGGCGCACAUGGAGCGACAGGUACGUGGCUCUCGGGGCCGCCGCGCAGGCGGGCGGGCUGGCGGCGGCGGCGCGGCUGCUGCUGCAGGCGCUGGCCGGCUCCGAGCUCUUCACCGAGGACGAGCCCGGCGCCAGCGAGGACAUCGACGUGGCGCACAUGGAGCGACAGGUACGUGGCUCUCGGGGCCGCCGCGCAGGCGGGCGGGCUGGCGGCGGCGGCGCGGCUGCUGCUGCAGGCGCUGGCCGGCUCCGAGCUCUUCACCGAGGACGAGCCCGGCGCCCGCGAGGACAUCGACGUGGCGCACAUGGAGCGACAGGUACGUGGCUCUCGGGGCCGCCGCGCAGGCGGGCGGGCUGGCGGCGGCGGCGCGGCUGCUGCUGCAGGCGCUGGCCGGCUCCGAGCUCUUCACCGAGGACGAGCCCGGCGCCAGCGAGGACAUCGACGUGGCGCACAUGGAGCGACAGCUCCAGGAGCUCCUGCUGCCGUACCUGCGCGUGGCGGCGCUGCUGCGGCACCACCUGUACGGCGGCUCGCUGCCCGCCGUGCCGGCCGCCGAGGCGGAGUUCCCGGCGCUCGUGCACUACCUGGAGCUGUGCACGCGCGCCGUGCGGGACGUGGAGGACGUGGCCGCCGCCGCGCUGCCGCCGCACGCGGCCGGCCUGGCGAGAGCGGCCGCGAGGAGGCUUAGCCAAGCGGCCCGCGGCGGUCGGCUCGCCGUGCGCCGCAUCCUUCGCUCGCUGCACGUGUCGUGGCUGCCGCCGGCGCUGCUCGCCCUGCCCCGGGACUACGACCGCCUGUUCUCCUACUACCACGAGCGCGUCUGCCUUCAGUGUGGAGCCGUACCCAAGGAGGCUUCCGUCUGCCUACUGUGCGGGACCUUGGUGUGCCUCAAGCAGCCCUGCUGCCGCCAGCACCAGGUGGCCGAGGCCGUGCAGCACGCCAUGGAAUGCGGAGGCGGCACGGGCAUCUUCCUCGUGGUGACCUCCACGUACAUCAUCGUGAUCCGCGGCCGCCGCGCGUGCCUGUGGGGGUCCCUGUACUUGGACGAUUACGACGAAGAGGACCGCGAUCUCAAACGCGGCAAGCCGCUAUACCUGUCCAACGACCGCGCGGAACUACUCCAAGCGCAGUGGCUGGCGCACCGCUUCGACCACACCAAGCGCACCUGGGUGUGGCACCGCGACUCGCUGUGAGUGCCCAUCUGAAGCUGCCGGGCUUCGCGACGACCCGAUCUCUCCCGCGCCACUUGUUAACGACCAAACGAACCUGCAGGACUUGUACAUUCAAGGAAUUUGAUUUCAUUAUCACUUCGUAUUUAGAUAUCAUAUUAUUGUCACUAUGACAAGCUUUGAUCCCUAGCAGAUUUUAUGUUGAUUGCCACUGUGACAAUGUAUGUACGAAGUGCCACAGAAAUCAACUGUACUUCCUGCAAACUACGCCAAUACUAACGAAACUGAUCUGAAUAUCGGUCAUAUUUAACUUAAAAUAUUUAUAUAGACAACUCCCUGGAUCAAUAUACAGGGUCAUAUGUUUCACAGUAAGUCGAAUUUCAACUAUCUUGGAAAUGUAACAUAGAACCCUGUAAUAUUGGGCCAGCGAAAUGGCAUAUUUUAUCAUUGUUAAUAGAACCACGCCGCAAUACAUUGAGUAUUGCUUCAACGACAUCUUUGUUAGAUUAAUGUUUAUUUCUAGAUAAAGCUAGGGUGUAUAUAUUAGAUAGCCUACUGUCAACGGCUGAUGGAGUUGAUUUGUGAUUUUUAUAUUAUAUUUUACCCGAUUUCGACGAACGACAUAAAUUAUGUCAGAUUAGAUCUGUUUGUUCUCUGGCCACUAAAAUCAGCGGCCUUUCUAUACUCGACAAAACCAAGCAAACGAAACUGAGAGUGUAUAGCACUCUUUAAAAGUUAUUGUUAUUUGAUGUUUGCCCUUUUGAUGUCUCACCCGGGCAUCCUUCUUUAUCUAUGGGACUGUUAUGUCACAUACUUUUUAACCCUCUUGAUCAAAAGUUGCCGUUUCUUCUUAAAAUUAUAUCAAUUUCGUUUUAUCCCGGCCACAACGGAGUACCGCAAGGAGGUGUGUUAGGUCCGGCGAUGUAUCUUGCGAACAAAAUGGCGACAUGACAGCAAUUGUUUGUUGUAUAUCCGCCGUCAAUUCGCUGGCUGUGAAUGUAAUUACUGUUGACUCGGUUGCCGACAACUUAGAUGUAACAUGUUAAAUUAUUGUUCUUGUCCGCCGUGUCAUUUUGCUGUGGUAUGACCACAUCGCAUUGUUUUGUGCAAUUCUUGAUUAAAAAUAGUUAUUUAAAUAUCUCAAAAUAAUUACAUAAAUAACUUAACCCGGUGGAGUGGACACGGUUUCUUAUAAUAUUAUAAACCAUUCAUACCAUUAUUUACUUAUUUAUAUUCAACGCCAGUUUUACAAAAGUACCGAGUUUCUUAUUAUGAUCGCUUCUAACCUUCUAAUCAUGUUGGUGUUAAUUAAGUUUGUAUAAUAGUUUUACGUACGGAGUUAAUGCAAAAUUGUGUAACCAUUGCCUCUGGAACUACUUAAUGUUUUGUGCUUGCAAAGAUCGGUUGGCGGGUAACAUCUAUAAUUGGCUAGUUAUUUGAAUUUAUCGUCAAUGUAGACAUAUUUGUCUAUUUCGACACUAGUACCUGUGAUCGAUCAGUGCAACGUAUAAAAUAAUAUACGCUGGAGGCGCAGCGUAAUCUUAAUAUUUGUUACUGUAUUUUUUAUUCAAUAGUGUUUAGGAUCUGAUAUAUCUCGUGCAAUCCGGAUUUUGGCAUUAUUAUAGGUUACGGACCGUUCGGAGUCAAAACGUUAUGUUGUUACUGAAACGUGUUUAUGCGAUAAAUAAUUUAGAAAUUUUAAUUAAUGUUUCAAUUAUGUAGAAAUUUAAUGUAUUUUUGUAAUCAACGAAUUGCUGAUCCUACGAACUUUGAUUAUAGAUUGUUAGUGAAGCAGCAUGCAUAAACAAAAUAGGACGUAGACAGUCUUUGACUGCGUUAGUGUUAACUGUAUGGAAUAUCUUCAAAUUAUUUUCAGAGACGUUAGGAUUUGUCUUAUUUUUGACUGCCUAUGUCCUUUAGUUUCUGUAUGAUAAAAAUCUCUUUAAUAUACGCCUACUUGAGGUUACUUAGCCUUAGGCACUGUUAGAACACUUGCUAAGUUAAAUCAAACCCUACGUCUAUAGCGACAAAGUCCGUUUUCGUCUCUCACCCGAGUGCUAGCACCAGCGACUAAAUCAAUGAUUGUUAACUCUUGUAUGUAUAUUGUUCAUGUAUAUAUUCAAUAAUUAAAGUUGUUGAUAUUUCA